UAACCCCAAAGUCGGAAUGACAAUUCAUUUUGGUGACUCCAAGAUUUUGUAGAAUCUUGUUUUGCAUCGUUUCGGUAUCAAUACUGAGUCUCUCGCAACAGAUUUUAAAUAAACCCUAUAAUGGCUACCACAUUAGAAGAUAAAUCUAUCUGGGAAGAUGGCGAGGAGGCGCUCAGUGAGGAAGUUCUCCGCAUGCCAACAGACGAAAUCAUCAGCCGUACAAGACUCCUGGACAAUGAGAUUAAAAUUAUGAAGAGUGAAGUUAUGAGGAUUUCACACGAGCUGCAGGCACAGAAUGACAAAAUAAAGGAGAAUACUGAGAAAAUUAAAGUGAACAAGACACUACCUUAUCUUGUAUCUAACGUCAUAGAGCUUCUGGACGUGGACCCUCAAGAAGAGGAGGAAGAUGGUGCUGUGGUGGACCUGGACUCACAGCGUAAAGGAAAGUGCGCGGUCAUCAAGACCUCCACCCGUCAGACAUACUUUUUACCAGUCAUUGGGCUUGUAGACGCUGAAAAGUUGAAACCAGGAGAUCUAGUUGGUGUGAACAAGGACUCGUACUUGAUAUUGGAGACGUUGCCCGCUGAGUAUGAUGCGAGGGUCAAGGCCAUGGAGGUUGAUGAGAGACCAACAGAACAGUACUCUGAUAUUGGUGGUUUAGAUAAACAGAUUCAGGAACUCAUUGAAGCUGUAGUCCUCCCAAUGACCCACAAGGAGAAGUUUGUAAACCUCGGUAUCCAUCCACCGAAAGGUGUGCUGCUGUAUGGUCCUCCUGGUACAGGCAAGACCUUGCUGGCGAGAGCUUGUGCUGCACAGACCAAGUCCACCUUCUUAAAACUGGCUGGACCCCAACUUGUGCAGAUGUUUAUUGGUGACGGUGCCAAACUGGUCCGUGACGCCUUCGCUCUAGCUAAAGAGAAGGCACCAGCAAUCAUCUUCAUUGAUGAGUUGGAUGCCAUCGGUACCAAGCGUUUUGACUCCGAGAAGGCCGGAGACAGGGAAGUACAGCGUACCAUGUUGGAGCUUCUCAACCAGCUUGAUGGAUUCAGUUCUACUGCUGAUAUUAAGGUAAUUGCAGCUACAAACAGAGUAGACAUUUUGGAUCCUGCCCUGCUCCGUUCUGGACGUCUGGACAGGAAGAUUGAGUUCCCUCAUCCCAAUGAAGAGGCGAGGGCGCGUAUCAUGCAGAUCCAUUCAAGGAAAAUGAAUGUCUGUCCCGACGUGAACUUCGAGGAGCUGUCCCGUUCCACGGACGAUUUCAACGGUGCCCAAUGCAAAGCCGUGUGCGUAGAGGCCGGUAUGAUCGCCCUCCGCCGCUCCGCCACCGCGGUCACGCAUGAAGACUUCAUGGACGCUAUCCUCGAAGUACAGGCCAAGAAGAAGGCCAACCUCAGCUACUAUGCUUAAAAACAACGUAUAUUGUGUAUUUUUAUGAGUUUCAUGCUUAAUUAUAAGUCUAUUGUAUAAUAAAAUUUAGAAAAUUA